CCAAAGGAACCGUAAACGAGGCUGUACACAGUCCAGUCGUCUGGAAGGAAUUAGACAGCUGAAACUAACAGCGUUGUAGAGAAGUGGCGAGAGCUUUUGACCACUUACUUCCCUGCUCCCUAACCUGUAACCUGGACGCUGUCGGGGAAACGAGACCUGCGUACACCCCCCUUAAGGCCAACAUUUGAAACACAAUUGACUUAAACAGUCAACGUUUUGUAACUUUUUUUUUUUCUCAUGUGAAUGACAAUGCCAAAGUUGUCUGCUGCGCUGUUUCUCUGAGUUAAUGUGUGUGUCAAUUUUCCUCUUUUUGAGUCAUGUAUUCCUUGUCUCAGGGCGGGAAAUUUAAACGUUCUGCUUUAUUAUGUAUAGGGUAGUUAUGUAUUUAAUUAUUUGAUACGAAUCAAGCCAACAAAAGUUUACCCACCGGGAUGUCUUGCGUGUGUGCUUCUAAAAAGCACGCAGCUCACCACUCGCAGAAUGACAAGCUGAGCAGCGAAGAAGAUCCAUCCCUGAACGUGUUCAUUCAUUCCCACGUGAAGAGAAGCAGCCUGUACCGCUCGUUUCUUCCUUGAUGUGUGCCAUUCUCAGAGGAUUCAUGAGACGCACGAAAAAAGAACUUUCCUGUGAAACUUUGCUGAGAACUUUUCAGCCUGUCGAGGGCUUUCAGGAGACGCCGGAGGUGACUGGAUCCUUCUCCGGGACGGGGGCGCAGGACCACACAGCUGUUCCAAGAUGAAAUGUGAUCAAGCGCUGACCUACCUGCGCAUCUUCGGGACGACCAUGUUCGGCAUCUCCCUCUUGGUGGGCAUCUCCACCGCCUACAUCAUGGGCUACCAGUUCUUCACCACCGAGCGCAACCACGUGUCCUUCGGUCUGUACGGCGCCAUCCUGGUGGUCCACCUCGUCAUCCAGAGCCUGUUCGCCCUGCUGGAGCACCGCAACAUGCGGCGCUCCCUGGAGACCCCCAUCAAGCUCAACAAGUCCCUGGCGCUGUGCAUCGCCGCGUACCAGGAGGACCCUCAGUACCUGCGCAAGUGCCUGGUGUCGGUGAAGAGGCUGACCUACCCGGGCAUCAAGGUGAUCAUGGUGAUCGACGGCAACAACGACGACGACCUGUACAUGAUGGAGAUAUUCAAGGAGGUCAUGGGCUGGGACAAGGUGUCCACCUACGUGUGGCGGAGCAACUUCCACUUCCGGGGGCCCGGCGAGACGGACGAGGGCUACGCCGAGAGCCUGCAGUACGUGACGCAGCUGGUGCUGGGGAACAAGUGCGUGUGCAUCAUGCAGAAGUGGGGCGGCAAGCGGGAGGUCAUGUACACGGCCUUCAAAGCGCUGGGGAGGAGCGUGGACUACGUACAGGUGUGUGACUCGGACACCAUGUUGGAUCCCGCAUCGUCGGUGGAGAUGGUGAAGGUUCUGGAAGAAGACCCCAUGGUGGGGGGCGUAGGGGGCGAUGUACAGAUCCUGAAUAAGUACGAGUCCUGGAUCUCCUUCCUCAGCAGCGUGCGCUACUGGAUGGCGUUCAACAUCGAGCGUGCGUGCCAAUCCUACUUCGGCUGUGUCCAGUGCAUCAGCGGACCUCUGGGGAUGUACCGCAACUCCUUGCUGCACGAGUUCAUGGAGGCCUGGUACAACCAGACCUUCAUGGGAUCCCAUUGCAGCUUCGGGGAUGACCGCCACCUCACCAACAGGGUUCUGAGCCUGGGCUACUCCACCAAAUACACGGCGCGGUCUAAAUGCCUGACCGAGACGCCCAUCACCUACCUGCGCUGGCUCAACCAACAAACGCGCUGGAGUAAGUCCUAUUUCCGGGAGUGGCUGUACAACUCAAUGUGGUUCCACAAGCACCAUCUGUGGAUGACCUACGAGGCGGUGAUCACGGGCUUCUUUCCCUUUUUCCUCAUUGCCACGGCGAUACAGCUGUUCUACCAGGGGAGGCUGUGGAAUAUCCUGUUGUUCCUGCUCAUCGUGCAGGCCGUCGCAUUGAUAAAGUCCUCGUUUGCAAGCUGCCUGCGGGGCAACAUCGUCAUGGUCUUUAUGUCCUUCUACUCUGUGUUGUACAUGUCGAGUCUGUUGCCGGCCAAGAUGUUUGCCAUCGCCACGAUCAACAAAGCCGGGUGGGGUACGUCGGGACGGAAGACGAUCGUCACAAACUUUAUCGGCCUGGUUCCGAUCUCCAUCUGGUUCACCAUACUCUUUGUCGGAAUCCUCUACACGGUGAUCCAGGAGACGAGGAAACCCUUCCCGGAGUCUGAGACCAUUGUCCUAAUCAUAGGGGCCAUCGUGUACGCCAGUUACUGGGUCAUGCUUUUGACUUUGUACUCAGUUCUGAUAAACAAGUGUGGGAAGAGAAAGAAAGAGCCACAUUAUGACAUGGUUCUGGACGUAUGACACAUCGCCAGCGGCUGUAUUGUCCUUUGAACUAUCUUGAGAAUACUUGCUUACUUUCAAAACAAACCAGGCCCCCAAAAAUCAACUCCACAUGAAGAUAGCCUCACAAAAGCCUUGGCUUUAACAUUCAGCGACAGACAGAUAUAGCACCGGUGGGUGCAUACAAAUCAUCCUAAUACGUGUACUUAAGAAUUGAUUCUUUACCAGUGAACUGGGCUAUUUUUCUGCCUGGUCACUACACCAGCCAAUAUAAUCACUCACAAUGUUUUUCUUAUGUCUAAGUUACUUGAAAGGUUGUGUCCACUCAAAUUCAAGUAAACUUUUGUGAAAAAAAUACACUCACCCAUAGGCAUUUUUCUUUUUUUUGACUGAAACCUUAAUGUAUUUGAAAUAAUUUUGUUUUGCUCAUCCUUCAUAUCAGUGCAUUGAGAGUUCUGAGUGGACACAAUCUUAACAAACUUUUAACGUAUUAUUUUCUUUUACUAUUAUCAUACCACUCAAAUUGCCUUUGGCAACUGACAAUCUGAUAGACAAACCAUGAUCUGCUUCACAAUAAAGGAUCCAUUGCAACCAGAGUCAACCACCAGAACAAAGAUUUACUGUACAUCCUCCUUCUCUUUUCUAGUUUAUUUUAAGGGGAUUAUCUACGGUAUCCCUCGGGAGAAGGUUUAGCAGCUUAGAAAGGUUAACAGCUUGUUGAGCUGCUCUUUUCUUUCAACGUUUACAAAGGGAGGACAUCUUAAUCUGAUUACCGGUGGAUAGAACAAUAAGAAACCUCUGGAUAGGUUACCAGGUGAAAAGAAUGAUAAAUGGUGUAACAUUGCUGCUGUGACUGUUUUGUUUUUAACAAAUUCAAUGGAUUUCUUUUCUUUUUUGUUCAUGUGUAUCCAACGUAAAUUUCAGAACGUUUUUUUUUUUAUGGCAAAGUGAAUGAUAAUCAUCUUGCGGCCGACUUGGGCUUGUUACGAUUCAAAGUGUUUCACAUCGCCUUGCCUUACAUCUGCCCUUGCUCACUUACUUCCUGCACUGACAAAUAGUCAUGGGAGUGGGUCAAUCAAUCGUGGCAUAGACAUUAAAUAUCCUGGCAGUUGAUGAAUAAGGAAGGGGUGAUCGAUCUUUGUUUUGUUUUCAAACAUGCUCCCGGUGUUGCUACGUGAGUGAACCCCCAUGCAUACAAAAUAUAUAGAAGGAGGAAAAAACGUCAACGUUGGAACUGAACAAGGGCACUUACUCUUUAAGAAAACAGGCAUUUUGGAAUGUAAUGAGUCCUUUGUUUCCUAUGGACAAGGAGUGGGCUUGAGAUAAAUUCCUAUGCACUUUUAUGUCUCUCCGAUUGUCCUGCAGAAUGCUUGACACAUAGUUGAUGGGAUGAAAUACCUCAGUGGAUCUGUUUGCGUUGCAUCGCGGUGCCAGGAUGCUGUUCAAAGACUGGCACAUUCUCAAAGGUCUUGUGUAAUUUAUGAUCUUUUGUGAUACAUAUAUAUAAAAUUAUAAAUGCCCUUCUUUAUACGCAGUUCCUUCUUAAGACCAAGCUGGAUUCAUUCGCCUUGUUGGCCUUUUUGCUGUAACCGAUGACCUGUUAUUUGUUGUACGUUACCUAUUGUAUUUCAUUAAAAAAAAUUAUAUAGGCAUCUAUUUUAUUUGUUUUGCUUUGACACCAAAGAUUCUCUAUUUUCUUUCUUUUUUUUUAUAUGAAAAUUGGAAGUUUGACAAUGACCUGUGUGACCAAACAAUGUGAAAUUAUGAGCUGGGGGAUUGUAUGCAAUAAAAACAAAAUAAAGAUGCAAUUUCUAGGAUAAGUUAUUGAUUACCAGAAGGAUAAUGAAUCUGUGUUUUUCUGUGCUUUGAUAGAAAGACAAUGUAUUUAUGUAAUAGUGUUUUGUGGUCCAUAGGUGACUGUUUAUGACAAAUAUUUGUCAUAUUUUAUGACACUGCAAAGAAAGCCACCAAAGCAAAAUAUUUUUUGAUAAUGUGUUAUAAGUGUUAUUAGAAGUGUUAAACCAAAGCAAAACUUUUUUUUGAAGCAAAAUAAUGCAUAGACAUCAUUUUGAAAGUUCAGAAUCAAAGCCUGAAUAGAGUUAACGUUAACAAAACUCCUAUCGCAUUUGGGGACCGUCAUCUAAUAUUUUUGAAAAUAUUUUUCAUUAAAACCACACAAUACGGGAGAACAAUCAAGUAUUUGCACAUGAAUGUAUGUGUAUUUUUUUCCAUGAUAUGCAAGCCGUGUGCCGUACUGAGCAGUUAAAAAGGACAAAUGUUUUAAUUUGAGGAAAGAUUUUAUAUUUACCAAUUUAUAAUAUAUGGGAAAAGUGAUGAAUUCAAGAUGUUCAUGUCAGAUAAUGUGGGCAGUGUUAUCAAAGCACUUUUGUGUUGUGCCAAAUAAAAUGAACUGUUAAGUUUUUCGUAUUUUCCUGUGUAAUGAAUUGCUUAUU